AUGUCCCUCAAGGACAUUGGAAAGUACGAUGUAUCUGAAGAGGCGCAAGCUCUCAAAGAUAAAUUAGCAAGCCAAGACACCGAGAAUGCAGGCCUACGAAGCCGCCUUAUGAAGAGAGAGGCUGAGCUAGAGGAGUUAAAGACAUCGUUAAAUGAAACAUUGUACAAGCUCAGCACCGAGGCUGAUCGUGCUCUCAGGCUUGAAAGCGAUCUGGCGCGGCGCUCAGACGAACUCAAGAUCGAGAAAAUGGCUUCUAGGAAUGGAGAAGCUGCACUUCUUGCUGCGCAGGAUAGACUGAAAGCUGAAGAACGAGCAGCACGAGAGCUCGAGGCAACGCUUGACACCAUGUCUUGCCAGUCUGAGUCAGUCAGGGCUCAGACUUUUAAACUGGAGACAGAGAAGCGAAAUAUGGAGUCUCGCGUGCGUGAGCUAGAGAGGAUGUUGGAAAGUACGAAACCCCAGCCAACAGCUAACUCUCGAUUGCCGCAGCGAAGUGGGAGGCCUCGGUCUUCCUCUACCUUGCGCGACAUGGAAAUGAAACUCACUCGAGCUCAGGAAGAUCUUGUCAAGACACAGAAUACGCAAUUUUCAGUGGAGAAGGCUAUGCAGGCCCGUAUCGCGGAGCUCGUAUCAGUAAUCGAGGAUAAGAAUGAGGAGCUAGAGGUGCUGAAAUCAAGUCAGGGCGCGGGGAACGCAAUGGAGAGGGAGGAAGAGUUAAUGAAGAGGAUCGACGAAGAUGAAGUGAAGAUAAAGACAUUGGAAAGUCUCCUACGCGAGCAGCAGAGUGGACCCACACAGGCAGCGUAUGAUAAGCUGCAAAGAAGGCUACGUGCUGAAUCGGAGAAGCUUACCAGCUCAGAGAAGAGAUUGCAAGACCUGAUGAAGGAGAAAGAGGAAGCACAAGACGCAUGUACCAAUACACGCCAGGAGCUGGACAGAACGGAUCGGCUUCUUCAGGACAGCAAGGAGCGUAUUAGAGCUCUGACGGUCAUUGAGAGUGGAUUAAAACAAGAGAUUAUGGACCUUCGGAGCAAUGAGGAGUCAGCGCGGCGUUCGACGGCCACUGACCAGGACCAUAUGGAUAUCGAUGUUGACGACAUCCAAUCCAACUUCGACAGUAGCUUCCUGUACCCUAAUUGCUCGACUCCAUUGCCUUCGACGAAGGCCAAUGUUUCUGCUCACCCCGGUGACGCAACGCUCGCCAAUCACAUCGAAACAUUGCUCGCCGCUGUAGACAGAAUACGAAGCGAGCGAGAUGACUUACGACGCACCCUCGAAUUCUCCUCAACCGAGGCUCGAAUCACAGUCCAGACAUUGGAGAAGCGCAUCCACGAGCUCACACAGGAGGCGGAUGAGGCCUCAGCCUACAAUCGGCGAAACAAACGUCUUGUCCUUUUCAUCACAGCCCUGGGCGUCGUUGUGAAUCACCUACGCAGUCGUUUGCAUGCUGCUGAGCAAAACCAAGUCCUGGACCACUCCCAAUUAGUCGCAGAGCGAGAUGCCAUGUUACGAGACCUUCAAAGCAAGUUCGAGGUCUCGUGCCAGCAGUUGACCGUAUCGGAAGAGUCGCGUAACCACAUGCUCCUACUGGUCACAGAGCUGGAAGCCAAAGUUCAAUCUCUGGCUGCCGAAGUACAAGCAGCGGAGUCAUCUCACGAGGAUACCCGCGAUGCGCUCCAGCAAGCAGAGGAACAAUUAGUUGAUCUUACAAGAGCGUAUGAGAACAUCGAAUCCGAACGUAAUUCACUCAGCCUCCAAGUCACAAAUCUCCAAACAGACUUGGAGGCUGCACAGGAAGAAUUAACGGGCGCUCAUGGCCGCUAUAGCGCUCUGCAAGCGCAACAGUUAUCAACCAUGUCAGCAACUGGGGUAGCUCACGCGCUUCGUGAACAGAUACAGGAACUUGAAGGUCGUGUCAACCGCCGCACGGAGCAGAUCGGCGUUCACCAACAUGAUAUUCGCCGCCUGGAGACCAACCUCAAACUCCAGGAGGAACGGAUCUCGGAGAUGAUGUCGGAGCUAGAGAUGAUGUCCGCGCAGAAGGAAGCAAUGGUUGAAGACUGUGCAGAAGCUAGAGAUGCCCGCGACCAAGCCGUCAGCAACCUCGAGGCAGCAGAGCUUGAGGUGGAAAAGUUACAGGAGGAGAACGACAAUCUCAAAGCGACCCAUGACGGUGAGCUAUCCUCUAUGGUAGCCAUCGUGGCCAAAGCGAUGUCGAAUGCUCGCCACGCCCAAAGCAUGGUCGACCAGCACCUCAUCAACGAACCGCAGAUGUUAUCCAAGAUAGCUGUCCUUGAGGCCCAUAACUCGAAGCUCUCUGAAGAUAUAGGAGUGCUUGCUAGCGAGAAAGAAGGGCUUAUUCGAGACUUGGCAGAGAAUGUCGCAUCACUGAGUUGUCUUGGAGCUCUCCGGACAGAAGAACAUGCCGAAAUGGGUCAGCUAGUGGUCUCGCUUGCGACUGUACGCAAGGAAUUGAGCAACAGCGACUGCAAUUUGGAGAAUUCUCGUCAAGAGGUUGCAGCGUUACAAGCUCAACUUUCAUCUUUCCGCUGCGCACUCGAAGACAAAGCCGCCACUUUAGAAUCAUUGCACGACGAACUUGAUGAACUUCGCUCCCGCCAUCAGAUCACCUGCAAAACCUUGAGUAGAGCUCAGGACGACCUUCAGGAACGCAUUCAGGCGUCGCAAGCUGGCGAGAGUAACGCCGAGCUACAAGAUCUGCAUGCUCGUCAUGCUGUCGAGGUCGAGGACUUACAAGAGCGCCUCAAGCACACGGACCAAGAGCUCUCACAAGCUACGCAGCUUUUACAAAGUGCCGACCUUCGCUUUGCAGAAGUGCAGCAAUGUAAUCGAGAAUUGAGGAAUCAGAUCGCAGCUCUCACAGACGAUGCACAGAGAAGAGCCAAGACGCUUUCCAACACCCAGAACGAACUCGCUGCUGCCAAAGAGGAAUGCCAGCAUCUUGCAAGUCUCGUGGAACAGUCAACUAGCGAACUCAAACUAGCAAGGCAAACUCACAUUGACGCUCUGCGACAAGCAGAGCAACAGAUUCGCGAAUUGCAGGACGAUCGGGUGAAAAAAGUUGCUGUUCUCGAAGCAAAUGAAAGAGAUCUUCAAGACUUCCAACUUCGACAGGCGAAUGAGCAGGCUGAAGCUGAAUUAUCAAGUCUGCUGGCAGAGAAACAAUCGCUACAAGUAGAGACCACCAGCUUGGAAGCAGAGAUUCAGCGCUCGAUGUCGUUAACGAGAUAUCUGGAGCAACAAGUACGGGAGAGUGAAAUAUCUAAUUCCUCCCUCAAGGAGACCCUCGAACAGGUACAGCUUCGACUCGCUCAGUCUGAAAAGGCGGGCAAAGCGGCCGAACUUAACCUUGCACUCCAAAUAACACAACACGAGAAGGCAAUAUCAUCCCUCCGGUGGGAGUUGGACGCGGUCCGUUCGGAACCAAAACUUCAUGACAUCGUCGCUGAAUUGGAAGAGAGAACUCGCGAAAUGGAUCAGCUAUUGCAAAGCAAAUGUGCUGAAAUUGAAGACUAUGACGAUCGGAUAUUGGAGCAAGUGAAUUCGCUUGCAGCGAACAAGAAAUUGUCUACGAAAGUGGAAUCUCUGACACGCAAGGUACAGAACCUUCAAACCAAACUUGCUUCUGCCAAAGAAUCCGCGCAAACCUCACCGGCCAACCUCGCUGCAUCGUCUGUGCAAACAGUGCAGCCACUGCCCGUUGUCCCUCUUGUGCCUCGGGUGCCUGUAUUCACGGAUACUAAGCCAAUCUUGGGACGAGAUCGAGCCAUGUCAAACACCCCAGCAGCAUCCCAAUCACAAACACCGGAGAGGAAACCUAUGCAGUCAGGUAUGACGCAAACUGGAAUCCCUGAAGAGGAAGUACCGACAUCUGCGGGUAAGAAGAGACGCGCACCAGAACAUGAUGACAGGGACACUGUUCCACCCGAGGGCCGUUAUACGAGUGAUUCGGACAUGCAGGCGGCCACUACGCCACGUCUCCGGAGAACAUUGCACUCAAGCCGAUCCGGAUUUACGCCAAUACGCUCUGCCAGAAGCAUAACCAAUCUGCCUUCACCAGGAAGACGAGCCACAACUACUAUCUCAGACGUGACGAACAGUCCUCGGUCCACAUCUGACCCUCAAACCUCUAGAACUUCGUCUAAACGGACCUGGUUGGGGAAGAUCAGAGGCGGAGUGCCGCAAUCCAAUAAUCCAGGUGGCAGAGUUGUAUCCUCGCGAGGGAAUGUGUUUGAGAAGAUGCCAGAUAUUCCGAGAUCGUCAUGA